AAAUUAGAUUGAAACCCCAACUGACACAAUGGACUCAAGAUUUUGUGCCCAGGACAUCCUGAGAUGUGACUUCUGCAAAGACCGAGUUGUACAAAUGUACUGUAACUUGUGUCCAAUGAGCCUGUGUAAGAAUUGUGUGGUGGACCACAUCUCCGAUGUCUCUAAGAAGCAUGAUGUGGUGCCAAUUGCUUUGAAAAGAUCCAAACUUGUGUACCCUCAAUGUUCAACUCAUACUGAAGAGCACUGCGAAAUGCACUGUGAAGAUUGCAAUACUUUGGUGUGUCAGAAAUGUGUCAUUUCUGAUGAGCAUAAGCGACACCAUUUCAAAAGUCUACAGGACUUAGUUAACUCCAAGAAAGAAAGCAUUGAAAAGGAAAGAAAAAGACUGAAAGAAACGGUUUACUCAACAUUUGAAGAAAAUAUUACUGACAUAGAAACCCAGCUAGCUGAAAUUGAUGGAAAAUAUGAGAAACUUGCAUCAGAGGUCACAAAACAUGGAGAAGAAUGGCACAGAGAAAUUGACAAAGUUAUAGAGAAAAACAAAGAAGAAAUCAAUGAGAUGAGAAACCAACACAGAGAUGCACUAAUCAAACAUCUACAUGAUAUGAAGAAACUUGCAGCUGAUAUCAAACAGUCUAUAUCCGAAACUGAGGACAUUUUACAAUCUAAAGAAGUAACCAGAUCACUUUCCUAUGAGAUAAAUUCAGAUAAAUUCAACAAACUUCCAUCCAAACUGAUAGUCAAGUCUCCUGAGUUUACUGGAAAUAAUAAUCAUAAACAAUGUUCUCAAAUGUUUGGUUCUCUGUCAACAUUAUCCAUUACAGAAGCUGUAUCCAGUCUUCCAGUCAAACCACUGCUUGAUGAACCAGAGCUCAUCACCACCAUAGACACUGAGUAUAAAAACAUAUUCAGUGUUACCUGUCUCAGUGAUGAAGAAAUCUGGACAUGUGGAAAUGACAAAAUCAUGAAACUCUACAACCUCCAGGGCAAACUACUGAAGUCAAUCCAAACCAAGUCUAAGAAUGAACCACAGGACAUAGCAGUGACAAGGAGUGGAGAUCUAGUUUAUACUGACCCUGGUACAAGAACUGUAAACAUAGAGAAGAAUGACCAGAUACAGGAAGUUAUAAGACUACAGGGAUGGAAACCUUACUUUGUCUGUAGUACCUCCUCUGAUGACCUCCUGGUUACCAUGAACAGUGAUGAUGAUAAACAAUCUAAAGUUGUCCGUUACUCUGGCUCCACAGAGAAACAAACCAUUCAGUUUGAUAGUGAAGGUAAACCUCUGUAUUCAUCUGGUGAGCUUAAAUACAUCAGUAAGAACAAGAACCUGGAUAUCUGUGUGGCUGACCAUAAAGCCCGUGCAGUAGUGGUGGUUAAUCAGGCAGGAAAACUCCGAUUUAGAUACACUGGUCAUCCCUCUACUACCAAGAGAUCAUUUGGUCCAGUCGGUAUCACAACAGACAGCCAGAGUCAGAUCCUGACAGCAGACCAUUACAACGACUGUAUCCACAUCCUAGAUCAGGACGGACAGUUCCUCUGUUACAUUGAUAACUGUGAUCUAUACCGUCCAUUGGGUUUAUGUGUAGACACCAGAGACAACCUCUUUGUGGCUGAGUGUCUCAGUGGUAAAGUGAAGAAAAUCAAGUACAUGUAAACAGAGUGUUCAUUCAUCUCAUAAGAAAUGUUUGUGAAAGAUUUUUUUCCAUCAUAGGAAAGUAACAAGCAGCAGUUCAAAUA